GAGUUGAUACGAAUAGACUAGAGAGAUUCAAUAUUUAGAUUAUAGCAUCUGCCUCACAAACCACAACAACUAUUUAGAUGCCCAAGAGCCACGGGAAUCAAUAUUCCGCCAAACAACGUAGGAGUACCAAAUCCUACCCCAUGCAUAUAAGGUAUUGUCAGCCAGAGAUCCAUCUGCAUCUUCGGGUCCGGCAAGAGCCAUAUAUGACAACGAACGGAUCGGACGAUGUUUCAGGUGCCUCAAAAAGUCGAUAACACACAUAAUCACGGCGUGCGCAAUGUCCAAACGGGGAAUAUAAACGCAGGAGACAUACGGGCUUACUACUCGCUUUCGAUCUACCUAGCCCGCGGCGUUUUGGAUCUCAAUGGCUUGUAGAGUAUGUGCAUUUCUUGCUCAAUUGAAGUCUACUUUGAGUUUGCCUAUCUAUUACCCCUUUUAUUAUUACUUAGAAGCAUACGAAUGUGUUGGUUCCUGUAGUAUCAAGCCCACGCUGUCGCGACUUAUCCCGAAAUUGGGACGGCUGUUAAUAAAUGUGAUUACCAUAAUUGCCGGCGGUGGAUGUUGGUGCAAGCGAGGUGUGCCUAGGUAUGACAGACCGUUAGGUAAAUGAGUCUUCG